AUGACAAUAUCAAUGAAGGAACAAGAGCCUGUACCUGGGGAGAUCUCAUUUCCUCUGGGAAAGUUGAGAAUCUUAGAAGAAAAAAUUUCAAGCCCUCGUUGGGUUGUGCCUGUGCUGCCUGAACAGGAGUUAGAGAGUUUACUUAUUGCUGCCACAGACCUUGCAGCCAAAGGUGAAGAUGUUAAUAACCCAGGCUGUCAGCGUUUCUACAAUGAUGCACUCACAUUAUCAUUUACAAAGAUUCUUACUGAUGAUGCAGUAUCAUCGUGGAAGAUUAAUAUCCAACAAUGUGUGCGUUCAAACUGCGAGAAACUUGUUAAAUUAUGUGCCAUGAAACUGGAUGAUCCUAGAUUCUUGAAUCUUCUUUCAAUGGCAUUAAAUCCUAACAAUAAGUUUCACACAUUUAACGCUUCAAGAACAUGUGAAGGCCUAACGACAUCUACUUCACCGGCCAACGGUCAAGGGUCUACUCAAGAGCCAGAGGUUUAUGCUAAGUCACAAGAUCACAGAACACCCAGAGGAUGGCUAGUUCAUCUUAUUAAUGUAUUUGGCCAGAACGGUGGGUUCGCGAAAAUAAGGGAACGAUUUGAAAUCAUAAUGGGUUUCAAAAAGACAGAAUUAACAACAUCUGUGAACGAAGAGAAAGUUAUCAAUGAGAUCACCGAAAGUGAGGAACAGAAGGUGGACGUAACCGAUAGCAUAAUCAGCAGUACCGACAAUAUGGAGGGUUCAAUAUCGUCUCGUUCUGAACAGCCGUCUUCUCUAGAGAUGUCAACAUCAGGUGAAAGCAGAGUUGCGGCUGUAUGGCAAUUACUGAAGCCGCUUGGACUUUGCCACGAUCUACUGACUCCUCACACUGUCACCGUUUAUCUAUUGCCAGUUCUGGAAUGUAUCCCGACCCUUCUAGAAAGUCUAACUGAUGACGAGUUGAAACGCGAAGCGCGAGGGAGUGAGAACAAGACUGAUACAGUAUCGUGUUUGAUAAAGGCAUGCAAAUAUGUUUCUGUAAGGACACCGAACUAUCACAGCCUACUUAAAUCUUUGGAAAUGUUUCGGCUGAAGAUGAUACUGCGGUUAUUGCAAAUGUCGUCGUUUAACGGGAAAAUGUCGGCGUUGAAUGAAAUAAAUCAACUUAUAAGUACGAUUUGCCAACAGCCGAAGCCGGAAUGGUUGACGCCGGGUGUGAUAACGACAUGGAUAAGAGAAAAUGGAGUAGUUGAUAUAGUAUUACGUGAUUCCUUACACCAGCCCCAAUAUGUUGAACGGUUGGAGAAAAUGCUUAGGUUUAUGAUAAAAGAGAAUUCCCUCACGAGAGAGGACUUAGACGCGAUAUGGAAGGCCCAGCACGGGAAACAUGAAGCGAUCGUUAAAAAUCUACACGAUUUAUUGGCUAAGUUGGCUUGGGACUUCACGCCUGACCAGUUGGAUCAUCUUUUUGAUUGUUUUAAGGCUAGUUGGUCUACAUCAAGUAAGAAACAAAGUGAUAAACUAUUAGAAGUGAUAAGGAGGUUGGCCGAGGAUGAUAAGGACGGCGUUAUGGCGAAUAAAGUGUUAGUACUGUUUUGGAAUUUGGCGCACUCUGACGAUGUCUGCACAGAAAUUCUCGAUUCGACUUUGGCAAAUUUCAUAAAAAUACUCGACUAUAGUUGUAGCCAAGAUCGCGAUGCGCAGAAAACGCUUUGGUUAGAUAAAUGUGUGGAGGAACUAAAGAGCAACGAGAAGUGGGUGUUGCCAGCGUUAAAACUGAUGCGUGAUAUAUGUUGUCUGUACGAAUCCGGUGGUAAUGCGGGCGUGAGGCCUCACGUGACGCGGCAGGAGUUAAUAGAUCGACUACAGACGCAACAUUCCCUUGUUAUUUUGGUCACGGAUUCCCUCACACAUUAUAUGGACAUGGUACGGGAGAAGAUGACAGCGGAAAGUGAACUAGAUUGGGACAAUUGGUUGCCAGAUGGAAGAUAUCCACACGCCGCGCAAGUGCAUGAAAGGCUCAGUUUUCUACGGUUUCUCUUGAAGGAUGGACAAUUAUGGCUAUGUGCUGAACAGGCUAAACAGAUUUGGAUUUGGAUCCAAAUAUAA